UAUCUUAACUCAUUUGCAUUUAAAUUAAAGUACAAAUUGUGAAUAAAAUUAUUAAUGUUUUUGCAAAUAUUCUUCGCCCAAAAUGUAAGUCAUAUGCUGAGGAAAAAUUAAAGACUUGGCAGAAAACCUUCUGUGGAGUUUUGCAAUUGUUUCGUUACCUAUAAAUAUUAUUAACGAGUUUUUGUGUUAAAAAGAUCUAAAAUUUUCCACUAUCGAAUACAUGUACAAAAUAGUAUACAGAAUGACACAUUUAUUAUUCAAAUUCACUCAUACUAAGGUGUUAUUUACUUUAUCUUUUACUACAUAGCAGCAGUUUGUCACUGAAAGUACUUUAAUAAGUUUUAUUAUUUCUGGUUAAAAUCAGAGAACGUGACUAAAAUGUUUUUUAUAUUUAUCUUUUUCGUCGUUUGUACAGCCAACGGUUCAAUUCUAUCUAAGAGGCUAUUUGUACCAGAUACUAAGAUCAUCGGUGGCUCAGAAGCUCCUGAUGGUUCAAUACCAUACCAGGCGUCUUUGAGGAAUGGAAUCCAUCACUUCUGUGGAGCAACCGUUAUCGGCAAAAGAUGGGUUAUCACUGCUGCGCACUGUGCUAUCGAAUUCCCAGCAGAUGUCAUCAGAGUUGUUAUAGGUACAAACAGUCUUGUAACUGGUGGUGAUAAAUAUUCAGUCGAGAAUGUGUUCAUUCACGAAGAAUUCGACCAAUCUACUAUUUUGAAUGACAUCAGUCUUAUUAAAGUGAAUGAAGAUAUUAGGUUCAGUGAACGAGUGAAACCUAUAGAAAUCGCUGACGGGCCCUGUUCACUUGGAGCUAAUGUUCUACUUACUGGUUGGGGUCGAACAACGAGUGGCGACGAUCCUAUCCCAGCGACCUUACAAAUGGUGAACCAAACUGUGAUGAUAAUUAAAACUUGUCAAUAUAUGUUAAUGAACGUGAACGUGAUAACUGAAAAACAACUAUGCACAUUUACUUCGACAGCAAAGGGAGCUUGCCAGGGUGAUUCUGGAGGACCAUUAGUUCUUGACAACAAGCUGGUUGGAAUUGUAUCUUGGGGUGUGGACUGCGAUCUUUAUUACCCAGAUGUGAACACAGAUGUAUGGAGCUACGUCUCGUGGAUUAGAAAUAAGACAGAAAAUUAUUAAAGUGCAUAAAU